GGUUUGUUUGCCUGCUGGCGGAGCGGUCGGGUGGUGCAUCGGGAUUGCAAUGUCGAUGGCGGCCCCGACUGCCGUUGUCGUACUUGACAGAGGCAACAACACCACGUGUACUGUGAAUCUCCACGGUGCCACAGUUGUAUCAUGGCGCGUUAACAACCAAGAGCAGCUGUUCGUCAGCAAACAAGCACUGUUUGACGGGAAGAAGGCUAUUCGUGGUGGCAUUCCGAUAGUUUUCCCCCACUUCGGGCCGUGGCCGCUGGGGCCGCAGCACGGGUUCGCGCGCACCAGCCGCUGGCACCUGGAGAAGGCGCCCGAGCGGCUGCCCUCGGGCGACAUCGAGGCCAUCUUCGUGCUGAUGGACAGCGAGUACACGCACCAGUUCUGGAAGUACUCGUUCCGUCUGACCUACCGUCUGAUCCUGCGCGAGAAGGAACUGCACUUCAACAUCGGCGUGUACAACCCGCUGGGCUCGCAGGACACCUUCAGCUUCACGCUGCUGCUGCACACCUACUUCAAGUGUCCGGACGUCAGGAAGUGCCAGAUCACCGGCAUGCACGGCUGCACGUUCAUCGACAAGACCCGCGACGGCGCCGUGUACCAGGAGGGCCGCGACGUGGUCAUGAUCAACGAGUGGACCGACCGCAUCUACCAGAACACGCCGCAGGAGCACAUCAUUACCAACGUCGUCUCCGGCCGCAAGAUGCGGAUACAGAAGUUCAACCUGCCUGACACCGUGGUCUGGAACCCGUGGGAGCACAAGGCCAAGGAGAUCGCCGACUUCGGUGACGAGGAGUUCCCGAACAUGAUCUGCGUGGAGGCGGGCAACGUGUCCACGGGCAUCAUCCUGCCACCAAACACGGUGUUCGAGGCCUCCCAGAUCCUGCAAGUGAUGUAGGGCCAACGACUCGGCGCAUGGUAAUAAUGGUCAGCUCAGGAACUGUUGAACUCUGAUUCUUUACCGGUAGGCUAGUGUUGAAGCUUGCCGGCGGCGGGGGCGUGGCGGCGCGCGCGGCGGCGGCCGCCGUCCCGGCCCCGCCGCGCCGGCCGCCGCCUCCCGCCAGCGCCAGGCCCAGGUCGUCUUGUUAGCUACUGACCGCGUGCGAGCUUCGCUUCGCAAUUUUCUCUGUUAACCGUAUGUUUGGUCGACAAGCGUGCGUGGUGCGAAGGCUCUUGUGCGUAUCUGCCCGCGUGCGGACAUUUUGGCUUUCCUGCGCUUUUCGUGAGGCUGGCUGAGCAGCUUGUUGCGUAGGCGCGCGCUUGGCGGGGGCGGCGCGCGG